UCAUACCCAGAACAUACUCAUGCCAGAUGAGCCAGAAGCAGGCACACAAGCCUGUGUCCCUUUCUCUCUGGCCCUUUUUGACUAAAGUACUUCAUGAAGCAGUCAGGAUCAGAGGUCGGGGGAACAGAGAGGAGAGGAGGAGCCAACGAGAUAACACCUCCAAUCCCGUGGCUCCUAGACCAAAGCUGGCCUGAACUGGAGCUCUGACCAAGUUUGGAAUUUAGAAACUGCCUGAACAAAACCACAGCUCUAGGAUUGGAAGGGACCAGACUCUUCCUCAGCUGUAUCUAUUCUCACGUGUGAUCCAUCUCUUAGUCGUCAAGUAUGUGCUGGUUGAAGAAUUGGGGCUUCUCACCUGCUAAGCAGUCUCUUUACCUUUGUUUCCCUGACUCCAGAAUUUGUAAAAUGUUUGGAGCUGGGGAGAUGGCUCAUCAAGUAAGAAUACUUGUUCCUGCAGAGGCCCAGCUCUAUGCUUCCUGCUUCCAUGGUGUGAAUAGCUUGACUUCACCAUUGCCACAAUGUGCUGCCUCGCCCCAAGCCCAUAGCAACCUGGAGCCAGCCAACCAUGGACUGAAGCCUUUGAAACCUUUGGAAGACUUCUCUUUGUCCUUAAGAUGUCAGAGGAUAAAGGACAUGGCCUCAUCCUCCCUUGCGCUGAGAGGAAGAAUUCUCGGACAGAAAACUGAUCGAUCCCCCCAACUCCGCUACUGUACUUGAAACAGCUGCUCCGGCCUCCCUUCCUCUCUCCCUCCUCCUUGUCCCAACGCUGAAGUCAUGGUGCCUAAUUUAGGCCACUGUCAUAGUUUCUACCCGCAGCAAGAUGAUCUCUCCACAAGCGAGUACAUCUCUAGCCUGUUCUUAAGGCAAAGUCAAGGGCUCCAGAAAGAAAACCAGGGCCAGACAUGUUCUUUCUUGUUCCCUGUCUUGGCUCUUGCUUACUGUUCUAACACAUCCGGCUUUGUUUUGUUUUGUUCAGAAUAGUUGAAGUUUCAGAAGCACAACAACAACACAGGUUAAAAUCCCCUACUCGUAGGAGUUUCUAAGGAUAGUCACUGUUGAUUUUGUGGUGUCCAGGACUGAACGUAGGGCCUGACACAAGCUACUGCUCUACCAGUGAACCCCUUCCCUCCAGUGUUUAAAAUAACUGGCAGAGGUAUAGGUGUUGGUCUCUCUCCGACUGAGUGUCCUUGCAAUGGGGCUAUUUUUGUUUAGAGAAAGCUACUCAAAGAGAAGAACAGCAGGGUUAAACAAUCAUGGGACAGCCUGUCCUCAUUACUGGUGUGAAAAUGCCACCGAAUCACAGGGACAGAGGGUUAAAUCAGUAGAGACGUGAACUGUUAAUUUCCAAGGAAGAGAUGAUUGAAUUAAAAUAGUUGUCACUUCUUUCUCCAGAGGGACUGGAAGUCCCUUUAGUCUUUAGUCUUUUUUUUUUUUUUUUUUUUUUUUUCGGAGCUGGGGACCGAACCCAGGGCCUUAUGCUUGCUAGGCUAGCGCUCUACCACUGAGCUAAAUCCCCAACCCCUAGUCUUUUUACAAUUAGGUAAUUCCAUGAUCCAGGAAGACCAUGAAUCACUUUAUAGAUUUCCCCAGUUUGAGGGAAGGAAAAUAUUCUAUUGACACAAAAAUUUCUUUUCUUUUUCAGUUUUAUUUUUUAUGUGGAUGGGUGUUUUGUCUGUAAGUAUGUCUGUGCACCACAAGAAUGUGUAAUGCUCAGAGGCCCAGUUACAGACAGUUGUCAGUCAUCCUGUGGGAGCUGGGAAUUGAACCCAGGACCUCUUGAAAAGCACUCAGUGCUCUUAACUGCUGAGCCAUCUCUUUAGCGCUGAAGUUUUCAUUUUAGCAAGAACUUCUUUUUGGUGGAAAGUGGCAGGAGGGCAUGUGUAUAGGGAUGCACAAUGGUCAUGAACUUAGGUUUCUUUAAAAAAAAAGAUUUAUUUAUUGUAUGUAAGUACACUAUAGCUAUCUUGAGACAUAGCAGAAGAGGGCACCAGAUUUCACUACAGAUGGUUGUGAGCCACUGAGAUUUGAACUCAGGACCUCUGGAAGAUCAGUCAGUGCUCUUAACCACUGAGCCAUCUCUUCAGCCUGAACUUGUAGAUUUCUGUCUUGCAUUUUGAUGGUUUCUACACUGAUGGCAUUAAGCACAUAUUUUAAAAAAUCCCUUUCUAGGCUAAAGCAGAGAAAGUCACUACUUGCAAUGUAUAGACUCACUGUCAGUAACUCCUGCUGUUGUUGUUGUAGUUCUGUUCUUAGAAGUAGGAUCUCUCGGGGUUGGGGAUUUAGCUCAGUGGUAGAGCGCUUGCCUAGGAAGCGCAAGGCCCUGGGUUCGGUCCCCAGCUCCGAAAAAAAAGAACCAAAAAAAAAAAAAAAAAAAAAAAAGAAGUAGGAUCUCUCGUUCAACUUGUGCCCUGCCAGAAUGACUCCUACAAAGAAAGGUGGCAAGAAAGAGGAGGAGGAGAAGGAGAAGGAGGAGGAGGAGGAGGAAAAGGAGGAGGAGGGAAAGGAGGAGGAGGAGGAAAAGGAGGAGGAGGAGGAAAAGGAGGAGGAGGAAAAGGAGGAGGAGGAGGAGGAGGAAAAGGAGGAGGAGGAGGAGGAAAAGGAGGAGGAGGGAAAGGAGGAGGAGGAGGGAAAGGAGGAGGAGGAGGAAAAGGAGGAGGAAGAGGAGGAGGAAAAGGAGGAGGAGGAGGAAAAGGAGGAGGAGGAGGAGGAAAAGGAGGAGGAAGAGGAAAAGGAGGAGGAAGAGGAGGAGGAAAAGGAGGAGGAGGAGGAAAAGGAGGAGGAGGAGGAGGAAAAGGAGGAGGAAGAGGAAAAGGAAGAGGAAGAGGAGGAGGAAAAGGAGGAGGAGGAAAAGGAGGAGGAGGAGGAGGAAAAGGAGGAGGAGGAGGAGGAAAAGGAGGAGGAGGAGGAGGAAAAGGAGGAGGAGGGAAAGGAGGAGGAGGAGGAAAAGGAGGAGGAGGAGGAAAAGGAGGAGGAGGAGGAGGAAGAGGAGGAGGAAGAGGAGGAGGAAAAGGAGGAGGAGGAGGAAAAGGAGGAGGAGGAAAAGGAGGAGGAGGAAAAGGAGGAGGAGGAGGAGGAAAAGGAGGAGGAAGAGGAAAAGGAGGAGGAAGAGGAGGAGGAAAAGGAGGAGGAGGAGGAGGAAAAGGAGGAGGAGGAGGAGGAAAAGGAGGAGGAAGAGGAAAAGGAGGAGGAAGAGGAGGAGGAAAAGGAGGAGGAGGAGGAGGAAAAGGAGGAGGAGGAGGAGGAGGAGGAGGAGGAGGAGGAGGAGGAGGAAGAGAAGGGCCAUUCUCUCAUCAUUGAGGUGGUGACCUGAGUAUAGACCACCAACAUCCACAGCACAUCCACAGUGUGAACAUCAAGAAACAUGCCCCUCGGGCACUCAAAAAAAUACAGAAACUCAUCAUGAAGGAGAUGGGAACUCCAGAUCUGUGAAUUGAUGCCAGGGUCAAUAAAGAUGUCCGGGCCAAAGCAAUAAGAAAGGUUCCAUAUCAAAUCCGAGUACGUUUGUCCAGAAAGCAUAAACAGUAUGAAGAUUCACCAAACAAGCUCUCCACAUUGGUAACUUAAGUGCCUCUGUUAUCACACUCAGGGAUCUACAGACAGUCACUGUGGAUGAGAAGAACUAAACCGCUGGAUGUCAAAUAAAGUUUCAGAACUGCCUCAGGCAAUAGAGAAAGAAACAAAGAAAGAAACAAAGAAACUAAAAAACAAAGAAACAAAGAAAAUGAAACCUGAUCUCUUGUAGCUCAGGAUGGCCCACAACUCACUAUGUAGCCAAGGAUGUCCUUUAACUUUAUCCCUCCCACUUCCACCUCCCCAGUAAUGAGAUUACAGGCAUGUACGACCAUGUAGUUUUAUGUGGCAUUGAGGACUGAACCCUGGGCUUCCUGCAGGCUAGGCGAUUGCUCUACCGACUGAGCCACAUCCCCAGUCCCUCACGAGCAAUAACUUUUGAUCUUGUUUGCACAAUCAGACAUUUCAGGGCCAAGUUGAACAAGAUUUCAGAGAAGCAAGGGCCUAUAAAAACGCCAGCUUUCCCUGAAAGCCACGUCGUAAACUCACUUCUUAGAAGCCCGUUCUUUGUGAAAUGAACUUUUUGAAGAGUGAAUAAGAAAUUGUAGAAAUCCACAGAGUAUUUGGUAAAACAAAGAGUAAGGGUGGUGGUGAAUGUGGUCAGAGAAUGUUUACAGGCAUGCGUGGAAGGCUCACCAUGAUGUCCCGUUUUUGGUUAAUAUACGCUUGUAGACUUUUAUUUUAUUAUUAUUAUUUUUUUUGGUUCUUUUUUUCGGAGCUGGGGACCGAACCCAGGGCCUUGCGCUUCCUAGGUAAGCGCUCUACCACUGAGCUAAAUCCCCAGCCCCUGUAGACUUUUUAAAAUAGGAAAUCCACCAGGUAGAGGACCAAAGUUCUCAAAUAAAUGUUAGCUGAUUCGUUGCUGCUACUUCUCUAGUGAUGGAAUCCAGACUUUCACACAUGCCAGGCAGGUGCUUUACCACUGAGCUGUACGCCCGGAUCUUCUCUUUCUGUGUACUGUUAUUACUAGACACUUUUAAUCUAAUCUUUGUCUUUGGGAUUUUAUUAUUGUCAUAAAACACCAUGACUAAAAGUAACUUGGGGAGGAAAGGGCUUAUUUUACUUUCUAUGUCCCAAUCACAGUGCAUCUUGGAGGGACGUUAGGGCAGGAACCAGGAGAAGCCAAGCCCAUGGAGAGACACUACUUGCUGGCUUACCCUUCAUAGCCUGUUCAGUCUGCUUUCUUAUAGCACGGCCAGCCUAGGGGUGGCCCUGCCUACAGUGAACUGGGCCCUCCCCACACCAAGCAUCAUCAAAGCUCCAGAGUAAGGGUGAAAAUGCCCGUCUUAAUGCCUAGCUUAGGACACUUGGCAAGUCUUCCCUCUGUCAAGGCACUAGACAUCAGGAAAGGCCUGACACAGCCAAGACUUGACAUCACUGUGCAUGGUCUCACUGAGACCACCUAGCUCUGUCCUCUCUCUGCCAAAGACAUGGCUGACCACAAACCCAUAAGCCAAUUGACGCCUUUCUUCCUGUUCUUUCUUUAUCUGACAUUUUCUGCAUCAAAAAGUGUUAGGUGCAGCUGCUGGUUUGUUACUCACAAUCCUUAGGAGGAUGUGUGAACUGUUUAAUAUCUGAUGAGGCGGAGACCUUGAGAUGAGGACCUUGACACAUGUAGCACCCCAGGUUUGGUGAUUUGAAAGCCCAUGGUCUCCCCAUUGCAGCGCUGCUCCUUAGCAAAAAGGAGUUGUUUUCUACCUUAAGGUACUGACAGACUAAUUAGAAAGACAGACUCAGGAGGCAAAUGUGAGGUCUGAGGAAGUCCUGGGGGCUUAGAAUGAACUAAAAAGGAUACCUACGAAGGAAGGGUUCCUGGGGAAGGCAGCUGAGGUACUUUGAAUGAGAAUGCUACAGCCUCCAACUCCAACUCAUAUAUGAAUGCUGAGUCAUCAGAUAGUGGGACUGUUUGGGAAGGAUUAGGAGGUGUGGCCUUAUUGGAGGAGGUGUGUCACUGGGAGUAGGCUGUAAGAUUUUAAACACCCACUCCAGCACACACACACACACACGCACACACACACACACGCACACACGCACACACACACACACACACACACACACACACACACACACCACCCGCAGAGCAGGAUAUAAAGCUCUCAUCUACUGCUCUAGCAACACGCAUGCCACCAUGUUCCCCACCAUAAUGAUAAUGAACUAAAACUCUGAAACUGUAAGCAAGCCCCCUUGUUGCUUAAAUUUCUAAUGGUUCAUGAAUGCUUUAAUCUCCCUUUAGCCCUCCAUCCACCAGAGGUAGUAGAAAAGAAAGGUUGUUAGGAUAUGGGGGAAGUGGACCUGUUUAGAAAUUGUUCUUUGGAGCAAAUUCAAUCUGCAUUGUGAGGAAAUCAGCACUUCAGUUCACAGCAGCAGCAACAGCUUACUAGACUUGCAAACAUUUCACUAACACGCCAGCAACCCUGUUCAGUGGUGUCAGGAUAGCAAACACGAAUCAGCAGCAGUGAUGCGACCUAGCAGAGACAUCCAGGCUGAAUCAGCAUGAGUCAGCAGGAGCCAUUAGGACCAACAGGGACACCAGGAGGAGCUCUCUGCUGUGCUGCUCUCAGUAAAGUGAAGAUCAGCAAAACAAGACUGGACACCAACAAACCUUGCAAAGCUCCCCAUGCAAGUCUGCACCACUGUCCAUUGAGUUCUAUUUAUAUCCAUUCCAGACAUCACGUGUCCUCCCACAGGUCUUGCCUCACCACGUGAGUCUGUCUUAGCAAAACUCCACAUGAGUCUGUAUCAGCUGACCUUAUUCUGCCAGUUGACCUGAGUCCACAGAAGCAGCAGGAAGCUGCCAGAGCGCCACAGGUUUUUGGUGUGUUUCUCUCUAUGGAAUUAUGACUAAUGGAGCUCCACACUGCAGUGUAAGGCAAACCAAUAUAUGUGUGUCAUCCUUUUCAUCUGCGUCUGCUUCAGCAAAAUGUUCUUGGUCAUAACUGACUUUCCAAAGAAACCAAAAGUUUCCCCUUCAGCCCACAAUUAAACAUUUUCUCUUUAUAA